AUGGCGAAUAACCCUAGAGUUUUCCUCGACAUUUCCGUCAGCUCCAAAACGGUCGGCCGUAUCGUUAUAGAGCUCUUCGCCGACACGAACCCUUUGACGGCGGAGAACUUCCGGGCCCUCUGUACCGGCGAGAGAGGCAUAGGGGAGUCCGGCAUGCCUCUCCACUACAAAGGAACUAUCAUCCACGGCAUAAUCCCAGAUCAUAUUUGGUUCGGCGGAGACAUCACUCACUGUAACGGACUUGGAGGCGAGUCCAUCUACGGCCCACAAGGAGGACUGCGUCAGGAAGCACGACCGUCCAGGCAUUCUCUCUACGGGAACCAACGGAUCUUAGUUCAUGCUCCACAUGAAGGAGUGCCCAGCGUUUGGACGGUGGUGGAUUACUCUGCCUUUAUUUCGGGCUACUCUGCACCGGUGAGUUUACAGAAGUUGCUGAAUCAGUUACGAGUUGCCCAGCUGAAGAUCGCCCAUAUGGAGGCCGCAAUGGCAAAGGAGACCUAUGCAUAUCAGAGUGGAUAUGUUAGAGGCAAUGCACUAGCGUCGCUGGUCAUGGCACGUCGUGCACUCGGUGGCACAUGA